AUGGAUGAAAUACGACAGAUGAUUGCUAACCUUGUUGUGCAUAACGACAGGGACAAUAUGAGAAACAAUAACGAUCGACAACUCAUGGCUGGUGGUGAUCGGGCAUUAGGAGGGCCUCGUCCUCCUAAUGAAGUCGAUUCUAGUUCAAAAGACGAAGAAGUUGUGGAUCAACUCGAAAAUAUCAGAGAGGAAACGAAGAAAAUUGAGAUCUCAACUUUCAGUGGGACGACAUCCAUUGAAGACUUUCUGGAUUGGUUGUCCGAGUGUGAGAAGUUCUUUGCUUAUGCAGAAAUUGCAGAAGCACGGCAGGUGAAGGUUGUGGCUUGGAAAUUAAAAGGAAGUGCUGCUGUGUGGUGGGAUAAGCAGCAAGCCGCCCGUGUUCGGCAAGGGAAGCGACCUGUACGGUCAUGGCGUAAAAUGCAAUCCAUGUUGAGGGAUCGUUUUCUGCCUCGCAACUAUGAGCAAGUUCUGUUUAAAAAGUACCAUGGAUGUGUGCAAGGAACUCGCUCUGUUCAAGAGUAUUCUCAGGAAUUCUUCAAUCUUGCUGCAAGGAAUCGGCUAACUGAGUCUCUACUGCAACAAACAACGCGAUAUCUUCAUGGAUUGAAGGCCAAUAUACGCGACCGCAUAGGCCUGCAACGUGUGAACACCCCUGCAGAAGCUGAAGAGUUAGCUGUUAGCGCUGAGUUGUUGGAAAAAAUUAGAAGUAAUCAGUUCGCUGGGUACAGAAAGAAUUGGCGCGAUUCGGCCAAUGCCGGCAGUUCGAACAAGGCCAAGGAAUGGGAACAACAAACCAAGGCACCCGAAAAUUCAACAGAAACCGCCCCUCGAAGCUCUAACCGUUUUCAAAAUUCUUCUUGUGGACCGAAUAAUAUAAACAACCCCUAUACCAAGUUUCGGGGAGAGAAGUGCUACAAGUGUGGUAGCUUUGAGCAUGCCACCGGUGUUUGUAGAGGACGCAAUAUAGCAGCCCUAGUGGAAGAAGAGCCGGAGAUGGUAGAAGAGGGUGUGAUCGAAGAAGAUUAUGAGGAGGAAUGUGAUGAACUUACCCUAGUGCUUCAACGGGUCUUAUACUUAAAGCUUAAUGAAAACACUCAAAGACACCAGAUUUUUCGAUCCAAGUGCACGGUUAAUGAUAAAGUUUGCCAAUUGGUGUUAGAUGGCGGCAGCUGCGAGAAUUUUGUGUCACGAAAAUUGGUAAAUCACUUUCAGUUACCAACCGAGAAACAUCCUCACCCCUAUCUUGUGGGUUGGAUUAAGAAGGGAUCGAGUGAGAAGGUGACAGAAACUUGUAAAGUUCCCAUAUCAAUCGGCAAACACUACAAAGAUGAAGUAAUUUGUGACGUUAUAGACAUGGACAUCACUCAUGUGUUACUAGGCAGGCCAUGGAUAUGGGAUAGAGACGUCAUGCACUGCGGUAGAGAAAAUGUUUACAGAUUUACAUGGGGAAUGCAUUUGAUUACCAUGUCUCCCAACGGCCGAUCUUCGGUUGCAGAAACUAAAGGAGCCGAACCGAAGUUGUUUACCUUAAUCAAUUCUAAGAGGGAAAUAGCGGCAGAAGUCAAGGAAACCAAGCAACUUUGCAUGGUUGUUAUGAAAGGUUUACUUGCAUCUGAACCUAUUUUUAAAGCUUCAUCGGUUCCUCAACAAGUGCAGGAAAUAUUGCAGGGUUUUGAUGAGUUGCUUUCGGAAGAGCUGCCAAAUGAAUUACCACCUAUGCAGAACAUCCAACAUCAAAUUGACCUAAUCCCUGGGGAUAAUCUACCCAAUUUACCACAUUACAGGAUGAGCCCAAAAGAGAAUGAAAUCCUGCGUGAAAAAAUUGAAAAGCUCCAUAAAGGAUUUAUUCGGGAAAGUCUAAGCCCUUGUGUUGUUCCCGUGCUUCUUAUUCCAAAGAAAGACAAGUCAUGGAGGAUGUGCGUUGAUAGCAGGGCCAUUAACAAGAUCACGAUCAAGUACCGUUUCCCUAUUCCUCGUUUGGAUGACAUGCUAGAUGAGUUAUGCGGCGCAAUGAUAUUCUCCAAACUAGAUUUACGGAGCGGGUACCAUCAAAUUAGAAUUAAACCAGGGGAUGAAUGGAAAACGGCAUUCAAAAGUAAAGAUGGAUUAUAUGAAUGGCUAGUUAUGCCGUUCGGACUAUCAAACGCACCCAGCACCUUUAUGCGACUCAUGAAUCAGGUGCUACGACCUUUUAUCGGUUCUUUUGUUGUUCUUUACUUUGAUGAUAUUCUCAUUUAUAGUAAAUCCAAACUUGAGCAUUUGGAGCAUUUGAGGAUGGUGUUGGAAGUAUUGCAGAACAACAAGCUCUUUAUUAAUCUAAAGAAGUGCAGUUUUCUCACUUCCAAGUUGAUAUUUCUUGGCCAUGUUGUGAGUUCCGAAGGAAUUCAUGUUGACGAAGACAAAGUAAAAGCGAUCCGUGACUGGCCAGCUCCCAAAAAUGUCUCCGAACUACGUAGUUUCCAUGGGCUAGCAACGUUUUAUCGGCGUUUUGUGCGCAAUUUUAGUACCAUAGUAGCCCCGAUGACUGAAUGUUUGAAGAAAGGAAAGUUUCGUUGGGAGGAGGCCCAAGAGACGAGUUUUUCACUGAUUAAAGAGAAACUUAGCACUGCUCCAAUUCUAGCCUUGCCUAAUUCUGAUAAAGUUUUUUACGUCAAGUGUGAUGCCAGUGGAGUGGGAAUUGGUGCUGUCCUUUCUCAAGACAAACGGCCCGUAGCCUUUUUCAGUGAGAAGCUUAACGACGCUCGUAAAAAAUGGAGUACAUACGCUCAGGAAUUCUAUGCCAUCGUCUGCGCCUUACGCCAUUGGGAACACUACCUUGUGGGUAAUGAGUUCGUCCUUUACACUGAUCAUCAGGCUUUAAAAUGGGUGAACAGUCAGAAGAGUGUGGACAAGAUGUAUAUGCGGUGGAUGAUUUAUCUCCAGAAGUUUCAUUUUGUUAUUAAACAUAAGUCUGGAGUCAUGAAUCGAGUGGCCAAUGCGUUGAGUCGUCGGGCACAACUUAUAAUAACGUUACAACAAGAAAUUGUGGGGUUUGAGUUUCUGGCCGACAUGUAUGAGGAUGAUGAGGACUUCAAAGGUAUUUGGGCUUCUUGUUUACGCAAUCAUCCAACUUCAGAUUACCAUGUAUCAGAUGGUUUUCUCUUUCGCGGCAACGCUUUGUGUAUCCCACGGUGCUCCUUGCGAGAAAAACUCAUCCGUGAUUUGCAUGGUGGCGGUUUAAGUGGACAUUUGAGGCGUGACAAAACGAUCGCGAGCUUGAUUGCACGAUACUAUUGGCCUCAACUCAAGAAAGAUGCUAGCACUCUUGUUCGUAGGUGCUAUGUUGCCAAACUUCUAAAGGUCAGUCUCAAAACACCGGUCUUUAUAUGCCUUUGCCUAUUCCUGAAGAUAUAUGGCUAG